AUGUCACAAUUUCAAUCAGUUGCAAUCGGUCAAGAGUUCACUCAAACCCGCCGCGUUUAUCUCGAAAAGGACGGUCAGGUCAUUUCACCUUUUCAUGACAUUCCUCUUUUCGCCAAUGGGGAAAAGACAGUAUUGAACAUGAUUGUUGAGAUUCCUCGGUGGUCUAAUGCCAAGAUGGAGAUUGCUACCAACGAAAAGUACAACCCCAUCAAGCAAGAUGUGAAAAAGGGAAAUGUCCGGUUCGUCCGAAACUGUUUCCCCUUCAAUGGCUAUAUUUGGAACUAUGGAGCUUUCCCCCAGACAUGGGAGGAUCCAACUGUCACUCAUCCUGAAACACACGCCCGUGGUGAUAAUGACCCUGUAGAUGUGUGUGAGAUUGGAUCUGAGAUUGGCUACACUGGGCAGGUUAAACAAGUCAAGGUUUUGGGUGUAAUGGCUCUUUUGGAUGAAGGAGAAACCGAUUGGAAGAUUUUGGCAAUUGAUGUCAGAGAUCCCAUGGCAAGCAAAUUGAAUGACAUUGAUGAUGUCGAACGUCAUCUUCCUGGUCUGGUCAAGGCCACCCGUGAAUGGUUCAAGAUUUACAAAAUGCCAGACGGUAAGCCUGCCAACGAGUUUGCAUUUGGCGGAGAGUGUAAGAAUAAGGCAUUUGCUACCCAAGUAAUUCAUGAGACACAUGAAGCGUGGGAGCGUCUUAUCCAAGGUGUCAUUCCUGCAAAGGCAGAUACACACACCAUUGAAGUUACAAAUGUUAAUGUUGAGAACUCACCAUACAAGUCCUCCAAGCCGUUUCACAAGAGUGAGCUCGGUCAAUAUACUCAGAUCAACCCAAAUGAUUCGGCUGUCAAGGGAAGAGACGAUGCUUGGUACUAUGUUUCGGCUCGACUUUAACCAAAUGAACAAGCCAAAUUGUAGCCAUAAAAAAAACAGCAGCAGCAGUAACAGUAGUAAAAUGUGGAGGUGUAGAAUUGAAAAAAUACAAAAAUAAAUUAUAUUUGCAUAGAAAAAUAUAAUACACUGUAAAAUGGC